AUGCCAUCAGUUGAGCAGCUGGAACGCAUUGAUGUGCUUACCUAUCAGUUGGGACGUUACCCCUACGUGUGCAUGAGAAAUUCUAUGCCGAAGACGAAGCUAAAUGUGUGGGCACCAGGAGAAAGCGAUAAACCCAGCGGUGGCGCUAGCAAGACGCACGACUUGGCUCAAGAGGAGCAUGCGUAUUUGGCAGCGGCGGCGUUUCCUUCCCCUCAUAGACGACCCCUAAAAGGACUUGGCAGGAUGGGUGACUCGAUCGCCCUAUCACAGAACCCAAAGGCGAGAAUGCUAGAGGCUCUGCAGCUUCCACAACGACGCUUCGUGGCGUCUGAGGCUCCCACACCUACGCCAGCUCGCGAGGCGAUCACCGUAUCUAGCUCUUUGCAGCAGCCCGGGGUUCCUUUGUCUACGACGACAUCAUCGCCUAUUUUACCCACUCGACUGGUGCGGUUCAGGGUGAACCCCGAACCCAUGGAAGAUGUGAACUGCAUCCACCCCUUUACUCCUAUUGAAAGAGUUCGUGUCAUCCACAAGACAUGGCGGCGUCGACGCAAGAGGGAGCUGCAGCUGGAUGAGGAAUUGGAGGCAACCGCGUCCAUUGAGGUUUCGUCUGAUCUUAACCGUCUCCUAAAAAGCCCAUUCUGGGAUGAGGAAGCCGUGCUGUUCCGCUUUGGCAUGGGUGGCCAUGCUGCUCCGGAUGGCAUUCCCGGCUUUGAUGGUCUGUUUAGACAACACUGGAAGGACUUUUAUGUGACCGAGAUAGUAGUGGAUAUUACGUGCCCCUGCGGUGGACGACCAUUGUCGCGAGAUUAUUCCUUCGCUAUCCCACCACUGCCGUCCUUUCUGCUGCAUGGCGAGGACAGCAUUAAAGGAGACGCCGUGCUGCAGGAGGCACCCAAAUCCGAUGUGGCAUCGGACAUCACGACUGAGGGAGAAUGCACUGCGAGCAAGAAUAUGGCUCGUGAAUAUGAUAAAAGCUCUUUCCGGAUUGCAUCUGUUUCAUCUAACGUGAGUGCGGCGGUACUCAAUGGUGGCGACGCUCGCUUGGACCAAGAUGAGGCUUCCUUCUUCGAUGUCGAUGUGUCUGCAAGUAUAGAGGAGCAGCGAUGUGAUGCUCUUGGGUACCUGAAACGUAAUCCACCACAACGUUGCCCAGGAUCCGGUGUACAGGGCGAAGAAGAACGAUCUUGGUUGCUCCGUGAAGGUACGUUUGACCGUGUUUCAGCCAUUCCGGGUGAUGCAAUUAAGCAGUCGGUCCCUGAUGAUAAAACCUUCGAGGGAUAUAAAAAAGAGCUGGAACGGCUUGAAGAAAUAGAAACUGUGCUGCACCAACGCGAGCGGCGGCAUUCUGUAGGACACGAGAAACUCCCCCUAACUAUUGCAGCUGAUGCUUUGCAGAGUCAUACUUCGACAACUGGGUCUUCCACACCGUACUACUUGGAGUGCACGUUGCACAAGCAACACGUAGCGCACGGUACGGCCUUGGCUGCCAUUGCCCAGGUACUCCGAGUUCACCCGCGCACCAUCAGCGUCGCAGGAAUCAAAGACUACAUCGGCGACACGGUGCAGCGCGUACGCGUCGAGGGGGUCUCCCCGAGCUCCGCAUUGCAGGCGAACCGCAUUUUGCACCAAAAAGGUGUACACAUCACGUUAUCUGAUUUUUCGUACAAAACGACCCCGCUUCGAUCUGGUGAGUUGUUUGGGAAUCACUUCCGUAUUGUGCUACGCGACGUUGAAGCCCCUAGGGGUGCGAUACAGGAUGCUGUGAAUGCCUUCGUGACGCACGGUUUUCCAAACUACUACGGUUGCCAGAGGUUUUCGUGGUUUGCCGGCAAAGAGGACGCCGCUUUUGCGCUUCUCCGACACAACUGGCUUGGGUUUGCCUUUCGUUUUCUGAACUAUACCACGACUAGCCGCACCUUGCGGCAGCUGUUACAGCGAGAGAAGAAGUACCCUAACCCAGUUAUGGACGAAUACCGCCGGAACGUCGUGCGACGUCUUCGGCAGAUCGCUGUGGAACCUAAGGACCUCGACCAUGAGCCUUUUUUAUCCAUGCCGUGUCUUAGUGAACCUCAGACCAUGAACACCGCUGCUGAUUUGCUGAAUCAAAAGCAACAGCUUAUUAUAUGGCAGCUCCGCGAGGCCUACUUUGACCUUCAUCUACAGAGCCGCCGGCUGACCGCGCAGAGGCUGUCGAGUUACUUAUGGAACCAAGUUCUGACCCUUCGUCUGCAACGCUUCCCAUCGGACGCAGUGCUCGAUGGGGAUUUUGUGGUGCCUGCGAUGUACCGAAAUGUUUCAAGCAACGGCUGGGAUCGCGCGGAGUGUGUUUACCUUCAUCGUGACGUCGUGAACGCAACGAAUCGGCACCAGUACUCGAUUAAAGAUGUCGUGCAUCCCGGCUUCAGUUUUGACGGCAUUUCUCUACCGGAUAACGAGAUAGGUUCUUAUUACGCCCACGUUUGCGACCGGUAUCGCUUGGAUUGGAAUGCCAAACACUCCAAAUCCGGCCUUUGGGACUUCCGUGAGCCGCCACGGCCCAUCAUUCGACACCCCAUCGAGCUCUCUUUCACGCAUAACGUGGAGGCCCGGACCUUAACGCUCGAGUUCGCGCUGGAGCGGGGGUGCUACGCCAACGUCGCGAUCACGGAGCUGAUGAAACAGGCUCGUUGUGUGGGCGCGGAGGACCUCACGCUGCUUCCGGUCCCGGAGGACCUGUGGGAUCGACUGGGCGAUCCCGAUCCGGGCUACGUGACGGCCCUGCAGGAUGUCUACCCCGACUACGACGACGGGCACGGCACCGUCCACGACACGGAGACGAUCCCCGUCGACGCCGAGACCGAAACGAAGGUUUGGGACCUCCCAGGCCCCCUUUUCCUGCCCAAGGAAGAGGACCCCUACCGUAAGGCGCACCGGUGGGGCUCCCGGCACCUCCUGCGGAACAUGCGGCGACGCCUGCUGGAGGCCGAGGGUAUGAAGCGCCGACUCUUUGAAAAGCCCCUGGCUCGAAAGUUGGAGGAGGGGGAAAUCGCGCAGUACGCCGGUCAUACCGUUCCCAUGUCCCCCAACGCACCAAGCAAGCGAUUGUUUUUCAAAGUGUUGCGGCGGAACCGACGGUACGCCGGGGCCCCCAAAAUGACUCCACGCUUCGCGCGCAUGACUCAAACCCCGGGUCGUCGGAAGGCAUUACCGGCAUUCACGACCCUCAAUAAAGACUCGUGGAAUGUAACUUGGUAA